CGCCGCGCGGGCGGGAGGGCGGAGUGCGGAGCGGCCGUCGGGGCGCAUGGACCGGCCCGGGGCGCGGGGCCCGCGGCGCCGCCAUGAGGAAGCAGAGCGUGCGCACGGCCGCGCUCAUCCUGUGCAUCCUGUCCUACCUGCUGGUGGGCGCCGCCGUCUUCGACGCGCUCGAGUCCGAGGCGGAGCGCGGCCGCCAGCGCCUGCUGGCCCAGAAGCGCGGCGAGUUCCGCAGGAAGUACGGCUUCUCGGCCGAGGACUACCGCGAGCUGGAGCGCCUGGCGCUGCAGGCCGAGCCGCACCGCGCCGGCCGCCAGUGGAAGUUCGCCGGCUCCUUCUACUUCGCCAUCACCGUCAUCACCACCAUCGGGUAUGGCCACGCCGCGCCAGGCACAGACUCGGGCAAGGUCUUCUGCAUGUUCUAUGCGCUCCUGGGCAUCCCCCUGACGCUGGUCACCUUCCAGAGCCUGGGCGAGCGACUGAAUGCGCUGGUGCGGCGCCUCCUGCUGGCGGCCAAGCGCUGCCUGGGGCUGCCGCGGCCACGCGUGUCCACCGAGAACAUGGUAGUGGCCGGGCUGCUGGUAUGCGCCACCACCCUGGCCCUCGGGGCCGCCGCCUUCGCGCACUUCGAGGGCUGGACCUUCUUCCACGCUUACUACUACUGCUUCAUCACCCUCACCACCAUCGGCUUCGGCGACUUCGUGGCGCUGCAGAGCGACGAGGCGCUGCAGAGGAAGCCGCCCUACGUGGCCUUCAGCUUCCUUUAUAUCCUCCUGGGGCUCACGGUCAUCGGCGCCUUCCUCAACCUCGUGGUCCUGCGCUUCCUGGCGGCCAGCACCGACGCUCCCGAGCGCGCCGCCCGCCGCUCCAGCCCGCUCCGCCUGGGGGCGCCCGAGAGCCGCGGCCGCUCCCCGCCUCGCCGCCCCACCCGCGCCCGGGGCUCCACCUCCGUGUCCUCGCGCGUGCACCAGCUGCAGAUCGGGGCCCGCGACAACCUGGGCUUCUCGCCCCCCUCCAGUCCUGGGGCUGUGGGCAGCGGCGGGGCGGGCAGGCUCCCGGCCCGGCGGAAGUCCAUCUGACAGCCCAGCUCUGACCCGGGGCCGGGGGUCACCUGUCAGUGCACCCUCCCCAGAGCUCGGAGAGGGGUGAAGGACUAUGGCCCCCAGGCCGUCUUCAGCCACGGGCAGUCUGUCCUUCCCUUUUGUGGCCAGCCCCUAAAGCAGCACCAUAAGCACGAGGGCCACGCUUCAGCUGCCCUGUAGACCCAAAUCCCUUGUGGUUCAAAUUGUUUCAGGAAGGCGUGGCCACAUCAGC